UGUACAUGGUCUCUUCUGCUGGACUCAGUAAUUUGUUAAAAAUGGCCAAGCGUACAAGGAAAGUUGGUAUCACUGGAAAGUAUGGGACCCGUUAUGGUGCUUCCCUGCGUAAGAUGGUGAAGAAGAUCGAGAUCUCCCAGCACAGCAAAUGCACCUGUGUCUUCUGUGGAAAGGAUACAAUGAAGAGGAAGGUUGUUGGUAUCUGGCAUUGCAAGAUCUGCAGAAAGACUGUAGCUGGAGGUGCUUGGGUAUACAGUACCACAGCCGCUGCCACGGUCAGGAGUGUCGUCCGCCGUCUCCGUGAAAUGCAGGACAUUUAGAUUGGAUCAUCUUUCAACCACAAACUCUUACACGUGUAUAGCCACUCUGGAAACACUACAUCUGAUUCCCAAUAUCCUGCAGGAAAGACAGAUUCCUCAAGCGUUUCAUGAUCUGAGAGCUCUCCUUUAUUGCCUCUACAUCUGGAUUCCAUCUCAGCAUACUGUUCUGUGGACAUGGAGCAAAGGGGACUGGUGUUAUCCAUCACUUGAUCUUGAUAAACCCGUCUGUGCAAAAUUUCAAAGACUUUUUGGCACACCAUUUUAACAUGUGAGCCUAC